AAAGCUUGUUCCUUCUGUUAAUAAUUUGGAAAAAAAAUAACAUUCCAGAGGGACAAACUUCCCUGGGUAUAUCAUCCAUUGGACAUGUUCACAGGAAGUCACAGUUCACAGUUGUCAACUGUCAACUGUACUUGUGGCAUUCCACACCCACCUAUUUACCUUGAUAAGUAGAGUCUGUCAACAUUGUUGCAAGGAUGAAGGGGAUAUAAUUUAUUUUCAUUAUUUUUCUGGUCUUCCUAUCUAUGGCUUUUAGUUCUGCUUCACUCCAGUCCACUGUUCCAGCUGUGAAUCUAACGACUGGAAUUGCCCAGGGGUAAAUUGCCUUGAAGGUGUUUGACUUUAUGAUUUUCUUUGCUCUCUUGAUGUAUUCACAUGUAAACGUUUUCUUGACUUUGGUGUGCUUGAUGUUGUCAGCUUGAAAGAUCACAGUUAUUCACUUAUAAUUACAGCUGUGCUAUACAUUGGUUGGUUUGCUUCUUGCAGUAAGCCGGUGCUUAUAUUUGAUAUCAUAAAUAUUGGCAUCUUUUAAUGCCUGUGCUAGCUGUUUCUCUUGGAGUAAGCAUCAAUGCAAGCAAACCUAUUCUCUUGUUUUUCUGCUGUUCUAGAUGUUCAGUGAUUCUUCAUUUCAAUUCUUCUACUUCUUUAGUUAGAGAGCUAGUUUUUUCUGAGGCAGAAGAGAGGAUACCUGAUUACAGAACUAAAAUGAUUCAACAGACGUGCUGGCUUUCUCUACUGUCAACUCCCCCUGGUUUGCCUCUACAAUCUGAGUUACUUCUGUCAAGGCUUUCUUUCCUUUGCACUGAAUUGGCCUUUACAAUUCUUCCAGUACUGCUUCUGUGAAUACUUUAUUUUGUAUUAUAAAUCAAUGUUGAUCUGCUAGCCUCUAAUCUGUUAUUUCUGAUACUGGAUUUUGCUUUUUCCAUUCAUUUCAAAUAUUCUCUUUUUGUUGGGCUUGAACUGUAAUAAGACACCAUUAUUUCUUUGUUUUCUAUCUAUCUAAUUUACAUUUCACCAUAUUUUUUCAUGAUAGAAACAGUCUUUGUCUGAUUCCUCCGAUGAGAGUUGUCCAGUAUGAUUGAACCUCUGGCAUAGCUCCUAUCUUCUUCACAGCAUAUUAUGCUUGGAAAAAGAUGGAAGUUGAAGAUAAUCGUACAUUCCUUACUGAUUUCAUCUUGGUUGGGUUUACAGCAGAUCCAUUUCUACGCACAAUUCUGUUUGCGGUAUUCUUGGCCUCCUACAUCCUCAUAUUGAUUGGGAAUCUGGGCCUCAUGACACUGAUCUACCUGGACUCCCGCUUGCACACACCCAUGUACUUCUUUGUGGGCAGCCUUUCCUUCCUGGAUGUCUGGUAUUCUUCAGUAUACAUUCCUCGGAUUUUAUAUGAUUCUUUGUCCAAGAACAACCACAUUUCCUUAGCAGGUUGUGCAACACAGUUCUUCUUCUCUGCUACAGCUGGUGGGAGUGAAUGCUUCCUAUUGGCCUUCAUGGCCUAUGACCGCUUUGUGGCCAUCUGCCACCCACUCCUUUAUGCCAUUGCCAUGCCCAAGAAGCUCUGUGUCCAGCUGGUGCUGGGAGCCUAUGCAGUGGGGUUUGCCAAUGCUAUAAUACACACUGGUAACACCUUCCGCCUACACUUCUGUGGUAGUAAUAUCAUCAACCACUACUUUUGUGAUGUGCCACCACUUAUGAAGAUGGCCUGUGAUGACAAAGGAGUAUAUGAAAUCAUCCUCACUACUGUCAUUGCCUUCACUUUCCUGGCAGCCACUGCUGUCAUUGUGAAGUCCUACAUUAGUAUUGUGGUAGCCAUUAUUCACAUCCGUUCGGCUGCUGGGAGACACAAAGCUUUCUCCACUUGCUCGGCUCACCUGUUCUCUGUCUCCCUCUAUUAUGGCUCCAUGGUCAUUACAUACUCCACACCCAACUCUUAUCACACUCCAAAUUGGGACAAGCCAACUGCGUUGUUCUAUACAGUAGUCAACCCUCUGGUCAACCCUUUGAUUUACAGCUUACGCAACAAAGAUGUGAAGGCAGCCUUCAGGAAAGUCUGGGGGAGAUUCACAGCACACAAAUGAAUGGCAAACUCCUUCUUUAGGGUAGACUGCCUAAAGGAGAAAAAUUAAACUCUAGUCUCCAAUGCCCUCCAGCCAGUUUCUUUCUGUCCUCCUUCCCUCACUUCCUUCCUUGUUAAGACAAAGUGGAGAAAGUCACAGAGAGAGAAGACUUAAGGUCAAAGAUUAGCAAUCAUCUCCUAUGCUCAAAAUAGCCAUGCAUACUUUUCUUAAUCAGCAAUUUUAUCCCAUAUGUGUACCUUUCGAAUCUUCUAACCUAACAGCAUCAGCACACUUUUAAAUUGUUUUAGCAGUUUUUAAUUUCUAUGCUCCAGUGUCUGCCAGUCAACCAGCCACUUUCUUUCUUUGCUCCUUCCCCCAUUUGCUUCCUUGUUAAAAGAAAGUGGAGAAAAUCAGAAGUUCAGAAUUAAUUUCAAAGAUCAGCAAUCAUCCCCUAUGCUCAAACUUCCUGUGCAUACUUUUCUUAGUCAGCAAUUUUAUUCCAUAUGUAUACUUUCCCAGUCUUCUUCUAAGCUAGCAGCACCCUGACUUUUUAUUUCAGACUUUUUAAAUAGUUUUGUCAGUUUUUAAUUUGCUUUGUGUUAUUGUUGAUGUUGUUACUUUUAUUGUUGCCAGACUGGCAGUGUGAGCCAUUAAAUAUGUUUGGGCCCUC